UUAGUUUCGCUUCCGUCUUUAUGGUUUGAUAAACUGGAUCAUGAGACUCUUCUUUCUCUGGAGCGCCGUCUGUCCGACUCCAUUCGUGCUGUCUGUAAAUCAUCUCCUGUAGCCUAACCUUUAUUUUUUACUCAUGGAUAUUCGGGCCUGUGUCUGGUAGCUGAGUUAGCGAGUCAGCUAGUUAGGAGAUCAUCAGGAAGCUGCACUUUAACUCAUCUGACCGGCUGGCUGUUACUUUUAUAUUGUCUCUGCAGGACUUCCUCAGAUAGCUAACCUACACUGCUCAGAAGACUCUGAGAGGGUUUACUGAUGGCCAUGUUAUCUUCGAGAGCAGUCAUUUUUCUGAUCUUAUUGGCUGGUGGAGUGCAAGCAGGUGGAAGCACCAGCAAGUGCAAGCUAUCUGUUAACAACGAACGGGAGAAAAAAGCCCUUAGGCUCCUAGAACCCCUGACCAAUACAAGUUUUAAAACACAAAAAACUGCUGGAAACGACAGCUACACAUACGUGUUGCAGAUUUGUGAUGAUGCAGAUGGAGUGAAAGAUGCAGGAAUCAUACAGAAGGACAAGGAUGGAAAAAUAGUCCGCAUUGGGAGCUACACUGACACACAAGCCACUGCAGGAAGUGACUGGGUGAUGCUGAUAUACAGGGGUGGGGAAAAAUAUGAUACCCAUUGCUCAAAAGAGGAGAGGAAAGCCAUCAUCAUGGUUUCCUGUAACAGAUCUGUGGCUGUGGGAGAACUUUCAAUGGUUCAGGAGGAGAGAGAAAAGAACCUAGACUGUUUUUAUCUGUUUGAGCUGGACUCCAGUGUGCUAUGCUCUGUUGCCCAACCAAAACUCAGCACUGGGUCCAUACUUCUUAUUAUUGGCUUCUCCUGCUUGGCUGUAUACCUUAUUGGUGGAUUUCUCUAUCAACGACUUGUGGUUGGAGCAAAAGGAGUUGAGCAAUUUCCAAACUACGCCUUUUGGUCAGAGAUAGGCAACUUGUCAGCUGAUGGAUGUGACUUUGUGUGCCGUUCCCGUGGCAGCAGAGAGGAACCCCCUACUUACAGGGGUGUUGCUACUGAGCCAUUAGAAGAGCCAGAGGAAAGGGAUGACCACUUACUUCCAAUGUGACCUUGAAAAUUUGGUCCAGUCGGGUCGUUUUAGCCUAGGGACUAGGUGUGGGUGAGGUUCUGUAUGUUUCAGAACAAACCAAAAGCACUUAUCUUUAUGCAUUCCCAUAUACUGCUCUUUAUAUCGCUAUAUCAUUUAAAACUCAAUUUGACAUCCCAGCACAUUAGUUUUCAUGUUUCUUAUAGCAGAAAAGAUAACUUUGCAGUGGAAGUGAUUGCACUUUUCAUUUAUUUUGGACAAAGUUUAAAAUUAUUUCUGUUCAGUUCAGUUUAGCUCCAAAGAAACCUACAAGCUGUAUGUUUAUUAAUGUAUUAUGUGGUUUAAUUAAAAUAAUUAGUACAUUUCAUAUUUAUAAUGAAUUAAUUGGUUCCAACUACUGCCCUCUAAGUUUUCCUCGUUGUCUCUUUAGAGAGUACCUCAGGUACUCUACUUUUUCUGUUUUCCUGCCAAGAUAAUACAAAGACAGUUUUAGCUAAUGAUUACUUCAGCAUUCAGUUAGUGUGACCAUAAGAAUGGAAAGACUACACAGAAGCACAGAAGCUUGGUGUUCAUUCAACCUGUUACACCAUAGUUUAAAGUAUGGUAUUAUAUAGUAUCAGUGACUGUUACUAUGAAUGUUUUUGUAAGAAUGAGAGGAAGAGAGUGUGAAUCUGUGUAUGCUGAGGAAUCAUAGGUACUUUGGCUAUAAAGUUGAAGAAAUAUUUAACUUUGGAUACUGUAUGUGAUAAACAGUACUGAAAAUAUAAAUUGUAUAAUGAGCCGUUUUUUCAUAAAUGGAUCAGACUUAGUCUUGAGCUAUGUAACGCUAGUUAGUCAAGGUUCUGGUAUGAAUUAUCAAGACUGGGCUCUGACCUGUGACUGGAGAACUUGCCUGUAUAAUGAUUGCAAUUGUUGGGGGAAGUUCUGUUGAUUCAUUCACUUCUCAGUUGGUGUGAAUAUUUAAAGAAAACCUUUGUAUCUGCUCAUUGUACUCUGAAUGUAGGUACAAAGUGAUAAACUAAAAAUGACCAUCUGCUCUGUUCGAAACCAAACUAGUAGUUUCAACAUUACCUAAUGGGGAAAAAUACUUCCAAAGUUGUGUGAAAGUUUAUCGUAUUUGCACUUGAACCUGAUCUCUUUGUGGGAGCUUCUUGAAACCUUGAUGAUCUUUGAAAGGGAGGUGUGACCAAAAAUUAAUAGAUGUACUUAAUUACUGGUAGUGUCCAGGACAUAUAUGAGUUCUACUUCUGGAAAAAAGUGUUCUUAGUUAAUGGAAAUUUCUGACUAAAAAUGCUUUGAGGUCAAAAACUGUGCUUAGUCUAUGUUAACCAGAAACCAAAUGCUUAGGACCGUGUGUGUGCGUGCAUUUCUUAGAUGAUACAAACUACUGAUGCCUAGACUUUGACCUCACUUAAUACGAAUCUUAGCCAUGAAGUAUGGAAAAAUCAAGAGUUUGGAAGAGUUGUCUGCUCAUUUACGAUGCAUACAAACUUUUGUCUUGGGUUCUGUCUGCACUGACUAGUUUUGCUCUUUCCUUUUGCUGUUUUACUGUGUGGAAAAUAGAGCUUUGGUUUUUGCUUGCGAAAAGAAAUGUAAUGACAUAAGGAAUAAAGUGUCUGAUUACCAG